AGAAGCCUGGAAAACGUCGAGUUAAUUUAUGGAUGUAUUCUUAGAAAGAGAACUUCCCUGAAUCUUUACUUCAAAAAACAUUUUUUUUUCUUUUCUUUUUCUUCAAUAAGUCAUAUUACUCUUUAAAUUUUAUAUUCUGACGACUUCUAAUAUUUGACUAAUAAAAUGGAAUUGAAAAAUUGAAACUUUUCAAUAAAACAUUUUAUGAAAAUUUAAUAAUAUUUUGUGAUGAUAAAAAUAAUUUACGUUCGUGUGUAAAAUGAAUAAUUUCGAAAAAAUGUUUCUUUUUAUCUGACACGUGUUUCUCCUCGAAAUUCUUUAGGCGACUUUGAAAAAAAAUAUUUCUUCAAUCGCCAUAAGAUGAGUAUUUGCGUUAUCUAAAAAUAUUUUUCCUUGUGUAAUCGAUAUUACCGACGAAAUAACUUCAAUCACGUCUACCCUAUAAACCUUGAAUUCAAAGCUAUUUUUAUAAAAAGUGGAAAAUCAACUGAUGGCACAUUUAUUGCUGAUUUCGUUAACUGAUUGUUUUUGCCAGUUUGGUGUCGAAUUAGGCAAACGCAAUUUAUAAAAGAAAUCAUAUUUCUUAUUUUCGUAAAAUAGGCAUUUUUAUAUUUCAUUUAAAAUUUUAAAGAAAUUAAUAGUACGAAAAAAUAGUGAAAAAUAAUUUUUAUGAUAUUGUAUGUAUACAUCACAGCGAUUCCGGAACUGCCUUAAACUUUUACUUCCUCGAAAUUUCUGAAGCCUCAUAAAUCAAAAAUUGAUUUAGAGAUUCAUAAAUGACAAGAAGAGGUCUGGCACGGGAAUAAGAAAACAGCUGCUGCAAUUCGACAUUCAAAAAGCUAGGUGAAGUUCAGUUAGAUGUUCUGGCAUCGAGAACGAACAUUAUAAUUUUUUUUAAUCGAAGGUUUCAGAAACUUUACUACCGGAAUUAAUGUCAAUAGACAAGCAAUGUCAAGACUAAAGAAUUUUGAAAAAUGUAUCGACUUUGAAAUCUUCAAAUUGUUCAUUAAAUAGAACAAUUAAUUGGAAAAAAUUAAUUUACAAUUAGAGAAUAAUAUUAUAAACAAAAUUCACCAACUGGAAAAAAGCAAGUUGGCAAAAAUAUAAUUGAGUGAAAUUAUAAAUAAAUAGACGUAAAACGCAAAUGAAAAUAUUUUUCUCAUUCUCACAAAUUGAAAUUUUUUUUGGCAAAAUUUUUGUGUUACUUUUCAAUAAUCUCAUAAAUCGUCCGUCAUUUAUUAGAAAAAAAGAAGAGAUCUGUCAAAUUUUUUUGACGUUUCAACUUCAGUCAAAAUAACUUGUUUAGUAUGUUAGCUUCCAAAUUUUCCGUACAAAUAAUUCGUCACCGUUAUUUCAACAAUAAUUUAAAAUAUGUAUUAGUGCGACGUGCCAGCAAAAAGUUGUGUUCAAACGUGAUAAAUCAAAAUUGUUCAUCAGAACAAGCAGGGAAAUUUGAUUGUGGAAACACUGGACGUAAUCAAUGCGAUGAAAAUCGAGCAACACUUGCAAAAUGUCCGAAGAAGAAGACAACUUGCAAAACUGAUUUGAAAAUUGUUGCGCCAAAAUGUAACUCGAGAAUAUCGGAUGUUUAUCUACAAUCUUUAAGAUCCGUGGAGGAUCGAGCAAAGAAAUUAUCAAAUUUCGUCGAGAGUUCGACAACACUUAUUUUGAAGGAUUUCGAAACGGAAGUGACUCACAAGAAAACGGAACAAGCCAUCAAGAGGCAAAAAUUUUUGAAAAUUGUUAACAAUAAGCUACGAGAAUUAAUUAAAUUGGACAGUUUUUGUGGUAUAAAAAAGAGAAAUCAAGUAUGGAUGAUAAAUUACAAAGUAUUCGAUGAACUAAAAUAUUGCAGUUGUGAGAAACCAAAAGAAAUCAAAUUUUUACAAAUGGGAAAAGAAAAAUUAAUAUCUGACACAAUAAACACGACAAACACUGCCAUUGAUUUAAUUAAAAGUUGUCGAAAAUGCGUAACACCGAAUUCUUUAAAAGUUUGUGUCGAAGAGAAAACGAAAGAAGCAAUAAAAAUUGUUCAAUGUGCCAAUGAAAAAAUUUCUCAGGAAAUUGCUGAAUUGGAAAAUUAUAAAGUCACAGCUGUAAAAAAAUUUUCCGAUUCAUUGGAAAGUGUUACAGAAUCUUAUACAAAUAGAAUAGAAGAUUUCUCAAAAAAUUUGUCCCGUUCUAUAAAAUUCAUUAAAAAGCAGAAAAGAAUGAUAAAAAUAUUACGAAAAAAAUCAGAAAAAAAUGAUAAAACAAAGAAAUAAAGAAAAAGAAGUAAAAAAAAGAAAAAAGAAGAGAAAAUUAAAAACAAUGAAAAAGAAAUUAAAUAAA